AUGCCGCACAACAGUUCCACCGGAGAUGAGUUGGGCAGCACGGAUGAGGUGAAGGUGUUUAAGGACGAGGGCGACCGGGACGAUGAGAAACUGACGGAGAACUUGCUCGAGGAGAAAUCGAGUCUCAUCGAUCUGACCGAGAGCGAGGAGAAAACGGUCAAGAAUGGGACAACCCGCCACGACAGUGCGGGCCCGGCACCGUAUGGUGGCAGCGCGGGAAGCGGUAGUGGGACCAGUGUGGCCGGCAAGCUGCCGCACGGAACGCACCCGGGAUUCAACAUGGGUUACAUCGUGCCGCCGUACUCCUACCCGAACGGGGCAGCCGGAGGUCUUCCGGUGUCGAUGGCGAACAAAAUGAGCCUUCCUCCGUUCUUCUGUCACAACGCAGAUCACCUGUCCUCCCCGCCACCGGCCCACUGUGGCAUUUUGCCGUACCAGCUGGACCCGAAAACGAUGAGCCUCACAAGGCCGCCGCUGUACAGCUUCCCGACCAGCCAGUAUCCCUACCCGAUGCUUAGUCCUGACAUGCUUUCGGUGGCGCCGUCCUGGCACACUCCCUCACUCUACAGUCCUGCGGCCGGGUUUCGGACUCCUUAUCCGUCGUCGCUGCAAAUUUACCCGUCACUGUCCAGCGAUUUCUAUCGCUACUCACCGACCCUCCUGCAUUCGCAUCCGAUGCUGAAUGCGGGACAUCCGGCCAUCAUCACUCCCGGCCCGAAGCAGGACAUUGGAGGCGGCAGCGCCGGUGGACUGCAUCGAGACCGGGGCCAGUCGUCGACGAUCAAGCAGGAGUCGUCUUCGUCGUCGGCUGGGAAUGACCACGAGUCGUCAUCGGGACACCAUCAUCGAUCGUCAUCGUCCUCCUCGACCGCCUUCCAUCACCACAGCCACCGUUCCGGCGGCUCGCUCGGGGCGCAAGAUCCGCAGCAUCAGCACAACAACAACAACAGCAGCCAUCACACGAACCACAACCACCACGGACACCAUCACCACCAUAACCACCAUCACCACCACCACAACAAUAACAACAACGGUGGCGGCGGGGGCGGAGGGCACAAGCACAUGUCGCUGGCGGAGAAGGAGGCAGCGCUGGAGAAGAAACGGAGCCACGUUAAGAAGCCGCUGAACGCGUUUAUGCUCUACAUGAAGGAGAUGCGCGCGAAAGUUGUGGCCGAGUGUACGCUGAAGGAGUCGGCUGCCAUCAAUCAGAUUCUAGGGCGCAAGUGGCACUCGUUGUCUCGCGAAGAGCAGAGCGUGUACUACGAUAAAGCGCGCCAAGAACGGCAGUUGCACAUGGAGCUCUAUCCAGGCUGGACAGCUCGGGACAAUUACGGUUACGGGGCGAAAAAGAAAAAGAGAAAAAAGGAUCGAAGUCCGGCCGAUCCGGGGGGGAACAGCAUGAAAAAGUGCCGGGCGCGCUAUGGACUCGAUCAGCAGAACCAGUGGUGCAAACCGUGUCGGCGCAAGAAGAAGUGCAUUCGCUACAAGGAGGUUAGCAGCGAUCGGGGAGGGGACAGUGGCGCGGGCAGCGAUCGGGAGGGGCGCGACCGGGAUGGUUCCGACGACGCAAUCGGCAGCUGCGGCAGCAUGGAUGACAGCAAGUCGCCCGAAGAGGACGAUCGCGAGUCGAUGAACCAGUCGCUUUCGAGCCCGCGAUGCAUGAGUGUCCUCUCAAGCUUGCAGUCGCCUUCGACCAGCAUCGCGUCACCCCUGAACCUGCUUGCAAGUCCUGCGACGCCCACGAACUUCUACCACCAUCACGAUCACCUCGGGCUAGCGUCGAUGAUCGCUACGGCCCAGCAGCAACAGCAGCAGCUCCAUCAGCAGCUCCAACACCACCACCAGCAGCAGCAACAUCAGCACCAGCAGCACUACCUUCACCACCAUCACCACCAGCAGGCAGCAGCGGCGGCUGCGGCGGCAGCGGCAGCGCUGCAGAAUGUAAGCGAUAAAUUAAACAACAUCAGCAACGACAGCGGAAUCGGCGGGUCACAGUUGAACAACAGCUACAGCAACAACUUUAGCCCAUACAACAACCAUCACACCAUGCGCAACUCGGGUUCCUCCGCGGCCAACGGCAGCAACCCCUCUUCGAACGGCGUUUCGGCCACAAGCCUCGGCAAAAGCCCAGCACUCCUGCAACCGCCGACGCCGUCGACACCCACGCUGGCCCCACCCACGCCUUCGUCCCUUUCGUCGUCCUCCUCUUCUUCAUCAUCAUCGUCGUCGUCGUCGUCGUCCUCGUCGUCAACCUCGCUUCAGAUCCCGCCACACUUACAGCAGUUAAACCUGAAAACUUCACCCCCGCUCCUUCCCAACACGCCGCCUUCGUCCGGCGGGUCUUCCGUGUCUUCCGUGCCGGGAUCCAUGACCAUCAAGGAGGAGCUGCCCGACUGCACCACCGGCAACGGUGCCGGUGUGUCAACGGGGGCUGCCUCGUCAACGAGUCCCUCGGCCGCCAAUUUCCUGCUGCACCCUGCGCCACACCUCACCAAUCACCACCUCCAACACUCGCCAACAGAUCAGCGACACAGCAACAGUCUGCAUCAUCCGCACCUUCAUUCACACCCGCUGUUGGUUCCGCAGCUGGUGGGUAAUGAAAGCCACGGUGAUCUCUCGCCAAAGACGGGGUCCCUGGCGGUGAAUGGUGGCAGUGCCGUUGAUCAGCCGUCCCACUCGCCGCCAAGUGCAGUCGCGUCGGUUGCACCAGCACCGGUUUCCGCAAACAGCGGUUCCAGCGGAGCAGAGAGCACUGCCGUCAACGGCGGCAGCAAUCGGAGCAGCAACACCAGCAGUAGUCAAAUCACUAGUGAUAGGUAG